AAAUCAUGGAGAGAAGCAGAAUGAUAAGGUUAUCAAGUACGUUGCCUAGAUGACUUUGUGACAACUUUCGUUGGCUCAAAUAAUAGAGCAACAGUGAUAGAAAAUUCCUCAUUCUAACGCAAAAAAUAAAGAACACUCCAGUGAUCAAGAUGCAAGUGAACGACAAUAAUGUCUGGUGGUUGCGAGUCGGUUCGGCUUUAUUUUACGGAGUGUCAUCAAUACUGAUAACAUUUGUAAACAAAACUGUAUUAACAUCGUACAAUUUUCCGUCUUUCCAAGUCCUGGGUAUCGGUCAGAUGCUGGCAACGAUAAUUACCCUGUCGAUAGGGAAAAAAUUGCAAUACGUCGAUUAUCCUAACCUCGAUCGGUCGACCAUCAGUAAAAUAUUUCCACUGCCUCUGAUAUACAUUGGAAACAUGAUAUUUGGCCUUGGGGGUACCAAGCAGCUGAGUCUCCCUAUGUUCACAGCGUUGAGAAGAUUUGGCAUCCUCAUGACGAUGAUUGCUGAAUAUUACAUUCUUGGGAUCAAACCCAGAACAGCGGUUCAGUUGUCAGUGUACACGAUGAUUGUCGGGGCACUUCUUGCCGCCUCUAAUGACCUCGCCUUCAAUCUCGAGGGGUACAUAUUCAUUUUUCUGAAUGAUGUAUUCACAGCUGCCAAUGGGGUUUACACCAAGAAGAAGCUAGACUCCAAGGAGCUGGGGAAGUAUGGACUCAUGUAUUAUAACUCGUUGUUCAUGAUCUUGCCGGCUCUCAUUGUUGCCUGGUGGACUGGACACAUUGACUCUGCCCUCAAGUACAAACACUGGACUGAUCUCAUGUUUCUCGUGCAGUUCUUUCUCUCGUGUGUCAUGGGUUUUGUUUUAUUGUAUAGUAUUAUGGUGUGUACACUUCAUAAUUCUGCUCUCACCACCACCAUCAUCGGCUGUUUGAAGAACAUCAGUGUCACCUAUUUGGGGAUGAUUGUGGGGGGUGAUUAUAUUUUCUCGUGGUGGAACUUUGUUGGAUUAAAUCUCAGUGUUCUGGGUAGUCUCAUCUACACGUGGGUCACAUUCAGGAGAAAAGACACUAUUGAGCCCAAGUAUUCACCACUUGGAGGACCGACCAAAGAGGAAGUUGUUUGAUGAUUGCUCUAAGGCUUUCAUAG